AUGUUGACCCUCUCCAGCCUGGAGACGAUAUCGUCGGCACCACUCACCUGCACCUUGGCCUACAACGCGCCGAUCCAAGGAUGCAGCCUUGGUGACUUCUCCAAAAAGACGUGCUCCCGGUCGUGUCUGCAGAGCAUCGAUGGCAUUCAGGCCACCAUCCAAACAAUAUGCGGCAGCACCAAGGCCAGUCAAAACUCGUUGCUGUCUCGAGCGCAAAAGGGCGGCCUUGUUGAUGCCCUGUGCGGGACGGGAUCGGGUGCAGACACAACGGUAAUUGUCACGCCGUCGCGGUCAAUAUCUGUCACUCCCACUUCUACCACGUCGACAUCCAGCAGUUCACCCAGAGUGUCGAGAGCCAGUACUCCUACCUUGUCGCCCUCGAGCACCACGUCUUCGACCAGCAUCGUGGCCCAGCCCAGUAACAACCCCGGCUCGCUGGAACCCACGAGCACCCCGAGCCGGCCACAACCGCCGGCAGACCGGGAAACGUCGACGUCGUCAGUGGCCCAGGGACCGACGUUUUCGCCGCAAAGCGGGGGCGGGAGUCCCUUUGACUUGGCUACUAGCACGUCGCCCGCGACGAAGAAGCAGCUGUCAGCCAUGAGCAUACUCGUUGGCUGGGCCCUGGCUGCACUGCUGGUGCAAUAG